CCGACCUUGCUCCGGGUGAAGGUCCGCGGUGGCAGAGUGGCUGUGUGGAGUUAGCCGUCGAGUCAAGCCCUGUGAGAAAGACACCUGUAGUCACAAUGGCAGGCCGGGUGCUCGUCGGAGUCAAACGCGUUAUUGACUAUGCGGUCAAGAUCCGUGUCAAGCCAGACCAUAGCGGCGUGGUGACAGAUGGCGUGAAGCACUCGAUGAACCCCUUCUGUGAGAUCGCCGUGGAGGAAGCUGUCAGGCUGAAGGAGAAGAAGCUGGUGAAGGAGGUAGUCGCUGUGAGUUGUGGGCCUCAGCAAGCUCAGGAGACCAUCCGUACUGCCCUUGCCAUGGGGGCGGACCGUGGCAUCCAUGUGGAAGUGUCAGGGAAAGACUACGAUGCCUUGGGGCCUCUGCAGGUGUCCAAGAUCUUGGCUGCUCUUGCCAAGAAAGAGGAUGCUCAACUCCUGGUUCUUGGCAAACAGGCCAUUGAUGAUGACUGCAAUCAGACGGGUCAGAUGACAGCGGCCUUGCUGGACUGGCCUCAGGGCACCUUUGCAUCAGAGGUGACAUUAGAAGCAGACAAAUUGAAAGUGGUAAGGGAGAUUGACGGUGGGCUGGAAACCAUUAAAAUCAGCACACCGGCGGUAGUGACUGCAGAUCUUCGACUCAACACCCCCAGAUACGCCACGCUGCCUAACAUCAUGAAAGCCAAGAAGAAAAAAAUUGCCAAUAUGAAACCUGCAGACCUGGGGGUGGACCUCACCUCAAAGCUGGAGGUCUUGAGAGUGGACGAGCCCCCACAGAGACAGGCCGGGGUGAAAGUGGAGACAGUCGAAGACCUGGUGGGCAAACUAAAGGAAACGGGGAGUAUAUAAAGGCUCUGGAAGCCUCACAUGGGAGUGCAGGGCCAAGCAGAGGGGACUUUUCUUCAACAACUGGAUGGUCUUACAUGAGCAGAGUCGAUACACUGGCCACUUGUAGCAGAAGUCCAUAAAUCCACCCUAACCCCUCUGGUGGUGACUGCCACCCCCACAGCUGUGCGAAGGAGUUGACAAGAAGAGUACUGAGAAACACUGUCCUGUAGCAGCUCCUAACUACCCCACAGACUCUACUCUAUGUGCAUUUGAAUUCAUUCAGAUGGUAUGUUUGUGUUACAGGCCACACAUCUGUCCGAGUGUGGAGAACCUACUAUUGAGUGUGUACAAACCUGAAAAAGCAAUACUUUAAAGCCAGUAAUGUCCAUGCAGUCAUGUUGCUGUUUGCAUUGCACCAUACAUUACACUACAACAAGUAUGAUGCAUCUCCAUAACAACGACCUGAUGUGGCCUUUUCCACAUGGGCACCUUUCUUCACGCGUUAAGCCAUUCAGUUUUUGUAAAUGAUAUGUGUAAAUAUGGGCUGAAAAUAGGUUAAGGUGGUUCUGUGUUUCAGGACAGCAUCAUGUCUUGUGACUUGGUUUGUGUAAAGUUAUAUAACUGUAUUUAGGUUCCAGGCCUGCUUAGACAGAGUUUCUCAGUAUGAAGAUGGGCAAAAAAAGAACAGAACCACUUAAAGCUAACUUUUAAACCACAAGCGCCUCAUUUCUGUGGAUUGUACAGGUCCCUACCAUGACAAUAAAGCAGACAGUCCUUUUCUUA